GUCCUCGUCGUCGUUUCUAGGCUCGAUAUGCAUUCGGUCCAUUGCAUACAGCUUUUUGUUUGUUUGUUUGUUUGUGUCGAAGACCCACAAUCGACUGCUUUUGGAGAUACGAAACUGGAGUUCGGAGCGGCGAAUUUGGGCUCAAAAAGCUUGCAUCAGCAAUAGUUUGUCUCAUUAGCAGAAUAGGCGUGUGGGAAUUGAAGAGGGAAGGAGGUCGAGGUAUUGGUGAAGAAUGGCGGUAGGGAUUGAGGCAGAGGAGAUGCUCCGCGGCACGACCGUGCAGCAGAUCGUGGAGCAUAAUAAUCGUCUGGUGGAAAUACCUUACACGGCUACAGUUAAUGACGCGCUCAAUACUCUGCUUGCGAAGAAUAUCUUGGCGGUGCCCGUUGCGGCCCCGCCAGGGCAGUGGAUUGGAGCAGGGGGCAGUAUGAUUCUGGAGUCUGAUAAGGCCACUGGAGUUGUGCGGAAGCAGUACAUUGGGAUGGUAAGUGUGCUGGAUAUUCUGAUUCAUAUCGCGGAGGCAGAGAGUGAAGCAGACGUUGAUUCCCGAUUGAGAUCCGUCGUGAGUUCCAUCAUCGGCCACUCCAUGGAAGGGCUCAGCCUGUGGAGUAUCAGCCCUCAGACGUCAGUGUUUGAUGCCAUGGAGCCAAUGAGCAAAGGUAUACACCGAGCCUUGAUCCCCGUCGAAAGCAAACUGGAGCACUCCGUAGGAGUGGAGCUUCAGGAGGCCUCACCAGGCUAUCAUCUUUUCACCCAAACGGAUAUGGUGGAGUUCCUGUGUACGCAUUCCAAGGAGCUGGGUUUUACGGCAACCACAAGUGUGAUGGAAUUGGGCGCUGUGCAGUCCACAGUGUAUGCGGCACCCAGCCACAUGAAGGUGAUGGAUGUUGUCAAAUGCAUGCGGAAUACCUCGCUGCACGCCGUGGCGAUUGUGGAGCCAAUGGGAGACUACGAUACCGAACUGGCUCUCGUCAUGGGCAAUGGCAGGAAACUUGUGGGAACAUUCUCUGCGACCGAUUUGCUGGGAUACAACUCUGAGAUGCUGCGGACAUGGUCAUCUCUGCCAAUCCUGAGUUUCUACAGCAAAGCGAUCGUGGCGCAGAGGUUCGGGAUGGGAGCCGCCGUCAACGCCACCCAAAGUGAAUGCAGUGAAUUCCAGCCCACUCCCGUGACAUGCCACGCUGCGACCCCGCUCGCCGACGUCAUGUCGCAGGCCCUCGCCAACCAUGUGCACCGAGUGUGGGUGGUCGACAACCAAGGCCUCCUCCGCGGCGUCAUCUCCUUCUCCGACAUGAUCCGGGCGGUGUAUGAUCGCUUCACAAAACCAUGACUCCCGACCCCGGUCAAGUAGACACUAAUCACCUUCGACACUGAGAAACUGUACAUAGAGACCCGUUGCAGAGUUUCUAGUUUACUGACUCCGAACACCAUUCACAUAAACCUCUCUCAGAGUUCGAUCUGAUCAGUUGCAGCUGCAUCGAACCCAUGGAUCCAUGGGUGCAGACCCACUUGUUCCAGAUCUGUCUCAAACUUUUUUCUUCGUUCUCGUAGUGGACUGUGUGGACCUCAAGCACCAUCGAUGUUUCUUUUUGUGCUACAAUCGAUGUUAUUGUGCAACUCUGGCCUGCUGCUUUCUGCUUUUGAGCUCGGUCCUGCGGGUUGUGGGCACCCAUCGGAGAAUUAUCGAGUGUUGCCUUUAAGAAUGUGAGCUAUUGUUUUUGUACAUGUGUGUGAGAGUGAGGAGUGGGCGGAGAUUACGAGGUUGUUGGCUUUGAAUGGUGUGGUUGUUGAUGUUGACGAAUGGACACGUUCGUUGGCAUCCCUAAUUUAUUCACUCCCAAAUUUGAAAAUAAAUUUUUAUAUGAGCGGUUGUGUUGAUUUA